AUGUUGCUUCGCCGGGACAGGAACCGACUCUCGGAAUCGCAGCCCCAAGGUUCCGGCGUCACCGAAGCCUACCCAUACUCCAAGGCCUUCUCAGUCUCCGAAGCCUCCCAAGUCUCCGAAGCCUACCCAGUCUCCGAAGCCGACCCAUUCUCCAAAGCCUACCCGUUCUCCAAGGGUGGAGGACCGGGCUCCGAGAAGUCUCCCAAGCCCCACCACACGCCAACGCCCACACCAAAGCCCACACCAACAGACACUCCCGUCGCCACCACCGCAGCUGCCUCAACCAAGCCAGCCAGGCUGCACAGGCGCAUGAUCUGA